AAGUGAUCAAAAUAUCAGUUUAAAUUAUUAAAUAAUUAAAUUGACACUCCUUAGCGACUGAAUAUUAUUUUUACUUGAGCUACACUAGUUUUUAUGAAGUUUCGUGUAACAGUUUUUGAUUUCAUUAAUUGAUUAUACUCUUCACACUUUUUAUUAGUAUACUCUGGAUUUUCACAUCUAAAUUAUGAAGGUUGAAGUGAACGUACCUUCCUAUUUUUAUUUUGGAGUUUAAUGUCGUUUKAGAAUAUUUUCAAAUUAUCGAGUAACUAGGCGUCACCAGUGAAUAUCCCAAAAUGGGUCUGUUGACUGAUCCGUCGGUCGGUCAUGGUGCUCUUACAAGUAUAUUUGUUCGACAUCACAAUCGUUUUUGUUUAUUAAUGUAUACCAUAUCUGUGGUACUAUUCUGUAUGCUAGCACACUACAGUCUAAGCUCACAAACUUAUUUCUCUGAAAACGCUCUUCUUCCCGGGUUGGUAAAAGGCCAGUUGAAUGACAACACUGGAUCUUCGUUUAGAGAUCAUUUUAGAGAACUCAAUGCUGAAGCACAAGAUUAUGAAACUGAAACACCUCAUGCAUACUUGAUCUCAAAAUUCAAAAAUUUACGGCUAGAAACUUACUCUCAUAAUUUUACAUUAAAUUAUCCUUUAAAAAAAAACACUAAAUAUACUGGACGCAAUGUAUAUGGAAUUCUGCGAGCGCCAAGAAGUGCUAGUAUAGAAUCAAUAGUGUUAAGUGUACCGUACMGAGCACCGUCAAGUGUUUUUCCCAGUACUCUGCCCGGCCUUGCUGUUCUGUUUCAAAUUGCUCAGUUCUUUCGCCAACAAAUUUAUUGGGCAAAGGAUAUUAUAUUUUUGGUUACUGAACAUGAGCAACUGGGGAUGCAAGCUUGGUUAGAGGCAUAUCAUGGAACUUCCUGUGGUUCACCUGGUGURUUAGACUCUGGAAAGUUAAGUGGUCGUGCAGGUGCUAUUCAAGCUGCUAUUAAUUUAGAAAUUCACUCYGACAAAAUUGAUCACAUUGACAUUAAAUUGUCUGGAUUAAAUGGCCAAUUGCCAAACUUAGAUUUGGUGAAUUUGGCUCAUCGAUUAUGCAACAAAGAAUCUGUUCGACAUACAUUUAACAAUGUUGACGGAGGAGCUAUAGGUCGUAGUAAAGUCAACUCGUAUUACACAAACUUGAGUACAAUGAUGUCUAUGGUAAUGACUCAAGCUACUGGAGUGCCUGAUGGUAACCACGGGCUUUUUCAUAGAUUUGGUAUUGAAGCAAUAACUUUGGAAGGAUAUGAAAAAGAAGGACGAGGCAUUUACUCCAGUGUAUUCCAAGUUGGAAGGGUUAUUGAAGGCAUGUUCCGUAGCUUGAAUAAUCUGCUUGAAAGAUUUCAUCAGUCAUUUUUUUUUUAUCUGCUACCUUCUACGGAUAGAUACGUUUCAAUUGGUUUAUAUAUGCCUUGUUUGGUAUUGCUCGUCGGGGCUUUGUUUUUAAAAGCUUUCUCGACUUGGAUUCAACAUUCUUCCGAACAUAAAUCGAGUGACUCGUCAGCAGAAGCUACUAUUCCUGAACAUUUGAAUGUUGGAGUGGUCAGUGGAAUUUUAUUAGGUUCUCAUGUCGUUGGCUUGAUAUUAUUACCAAAUUUGGCACCAGCAUAUUUUACAAAUUUUUGGAACCGUAUACCAACACAUCGUGCAUUAUUACUAGGUUAUGGUUCAGUAUCUAUAACCAUAGUUUUAUUUCUACCAAUAAUAAUGAAAAAAUGUCUAAAUUCUUUCAAAUCUUCAAAUUGGGUGCUGUUACACGUAAUUUGUUUACUAGAACUUGGAGUUGGUUUAUUAUGUGUUUCAAUGCAUAAUUUUUCGCUCGGAUAUUUAACAGCUCUCGUGUAUGUUCUACCUGCAGUUUGCACUAAAUCUAGCCAUAACAAUUUAAUAGUAAAACUACUUUGGUUACUUGUGCACCCCAUGUGCUCAUUAUUUUGGAUUACUGCAUACAUCACUUACGCUGCUUAUCCUGAACUGCCGUUUGUGGAUUUUUUGACUAAAGUUCUAGAGGCAUCAGGCCAAUGGAUGGUAUUGUCAACAGUCGACAACAUGAUUUAUGGCAAUUGGGCGUUUUCGGUCGGUGUAUUGUUAUUGUUGCCUGUUUGGACGUCAUUUUGGUGUCUUAUGUUCCUUCCUACUAAUGUCUCACAAAAAUUGAAGACAGAAUGAAUAAAGAAAAUACAACGUGUUAUUUUAAUCUUUUUUUUAUUCAAUAAUUUAUUUACAAAAUAAUUUUUAAGCAAUAAAAAAGAUCAAUAUAUAAACCAUUUAUGUUAUAUUAACUAAAAUCAUUAUAUUAUUCUAGUAGGAGUGAGUGCGGGUAUUAUUAUAUAAUAUGUAUAUAUUUAUUAUGUGCCUUGGCUUUCAGUCAUAAUAUKAAAAUCAAUGAACAUCAUGAUUUUACAUAGUAAUAAGGUAACAAAAUUCAUUUAGAAAAUAAAGUUUGUUCAUGAAUAAGUUAUAGUAGAAAAAAUAAUAUAAUACUGAAACAGGACACUUUAAGCAUUAUUAUAAAAAACAUAGCUUAAAUUUGGGUAGGUAGGAACUAUUAAUUAGAAGAACAUAAUUUAAAUUAAAAGUAUUGAACUAUUUAUUAUUUGGGAAAAUUAAAGGAUUAGUAUACCAGGCUUAAAAAAUCACAGGACAUAAUUGGUUGUUCCCAAUAUUGUAUCAGAUAUUACAUAUUAUGUAUAAUUAUAAAAAAAAAAAA